AUGGAGGACAAACGGAGAGUCAUCGAGAGAGAAGUCAACAGUCUGCGAUCGGUUGCAUUCGUCGGAAUUUCGGUGACAAUCGCCGCCGCUCUCGUUGCUAUUGUUGCGAUUCCGGCGUUCUACAGCUACGUGCAGCACGUUCAAUCAAAGCUUCAAACCGAAGUCGAAUUCUGUAGACAUCGAUCUCACGGACUCCAUGAGCAGUACGAUGUUGUACAAGAGGUGACCGGCGUCGAGUCCAUGUUCGUCGUUAAGCGUGAUGUUCAUAGAGGAAUGAGCAAGAGACGCGUGAACCGCAAGAAGGUCCGCAGACAGGCUGAGUGCUGCUCAUGCGGAGUUGGAGCUUCUGGACCAGCCGGGCCACCAGGACAGCCAGGAAGAGACGGAAACGACGGACCAGCAGGACAGCCAGGAGUUCCAGGACAAGACGGUUCAGAGGACUACGAUGGAUCGCAGCAAUCCAACUUCUGCUUUGAGUGCAUGGACGCCCCAGCCGGACCACCAGGCGCACCAGGAAAACCAGGUCGCCCAGGAAACGACGGACUACCGGGACAAUCAGGCGGUGCGGCUCUUCCGGGACCACCAGGACCACCAGGACCACCUGGACCACCAGGACAGGACGGACACCCAGGAAACGACGGACUUCCAGGACAAGACGGAGAGACACGCGAAGUUCCAGGAGCCCCAGGAGCUCCAGGACAACCAGGAUCACAAGGACAACCAGGACCAGCCGGCCCAGACGGACAUCCGGGAGGUCCAGGACCAGCCGGACAACCAGGAGGCCCAGGUGCUCCAGGAAACGACGGUCAACCAGGAGCCCCAGGAGCUCCAGGAGACGACGGCGAAGAUGGAGAAUCGGGAUCAUCGGGAAGCUGUGACCACUGCCCACCACCACGAACUGCGCCAGGCUAUUAG